UUCGGCAAAUGUAAGUUUUUAAUUUAUAACAUUUAUAUAUCAAUGUUUAUUAUAUAAUUUAUUACUAACUGUAAAUAUAACAAUAACAAACAUUAUAUUGGUUUAUAACAUCAUUAAUGUAUGUCAUCAACGUCAUAAUUUAAAUAAAUGAAACGAGAAGUAUUCGCUACUAAUAUCUUACUAUUAUAAAGGAAAUAACAUCAAAUAUAAAUGAGAUAUCCAGAUGCAAAAGAUAAAGUAGUAUGGUAUUGUGCUUGUUAUUACAGAGAAUGAACAAGAAAGCGCGGACUCUGGGGCACGUACAGCUGCUACGCCAAAAGCUUGCUGCCAGAAGCAUAAAAUAUGUGCCAGGCCUUGACUUCCAGAGCAUGUGCAGAUCGAGACAGGGUAUGACCACAUUGUGAACUUAGCCCAGCAGGCAGGCGUUCUCCAAAAUCUCGCGGUGUUCCUCAACUGCAUUUGCAACGUGUGUGGAUUACUGGUGUCGGUGUUGAGUCUAUCUCUGUUUACAAACAGAAGAGACGAACCAGCAACGACAUGGAGUCCUACCACAGAAACUGAGGGAUACCAUGAACACUGCCCAUCCGAACGUGUGGAUUUUUACAGAUUGUCUGGGAGCGGAGGAAUGUGAGAUUUCUGUACAAAGAUGCCUCAACACGAAAAUAAACACUCUGACCACACGGUUAGAUGGCGGGCAAUACAGUGUUCCUGAAAUUUUGGAGGCGGCUGGUCACCAGCUUGACAACAUCCACAACGUCGCAGGCGACGACGAAAACGACGUUGAGGAUGUUGUUGGUGUGGACGGUGUCAGAUUUCCACUAGACGAAGAAGCUGGUGGCAGAGCUGCAGUGGCUGUACGUGGACGCGGCCGUGGUGGAGCAGUGGCAGCAUGCGGGAGACGUGGACAUAUGGUAGUAAUUUUAAUGAAACACGGUAUGGUAUUCAAAUGAAACAGUGCAGAUAUGUACUUAACAUAUUUUGACUUUAAUUGACCAUAUUAAAGCCUAUGUGAUACCUUUAAAACAAUACUAAUUUUUAUAAAACGUUCCACAAGUUCCUCGCGGUGCUGGAACCACUCCAAGAUCGGCAACUCCUGCAUCUGAAGCAGUAGCGGUAACUUUGCCUGCCUGCGCUAGUACUUUUCCGGUGGUCCUUCUAGCACCAGCGGUGCUUCCAGCACUACUACUAUCACCAGCGGUACUCCCAGCACCACCACUAGCACCAGCGGUACUCCCAGGACUACUAUUACCACCAGCGGUACUCCCAGCACUACUACUAGCACCAGCGGUACUCCCAGCACUACUACUAGCACCAGCGGUACUCCCAGGAUUACUAUUACCACCAGCGGUACUCCCAGCACCACUACCUGCACCAGCGGUACUCCCAGCAUUACUACUAACACCAGCGGUACUCCCAGGACUACUAUUACCACCAGCGGUACUCCCAGCACCACUACUAGCACCAGCGGUACUCCCAGCACUACUACUAGCACCAGCGGUACUCCCAGGACUACUAUUACCACCAGCGGUACUCCCAGCACCACUACCUGCACCAGCGGUACUCCCAGCAUUACUACUAUCACCAGCGGUACUCCCAACACCACUACUAGC